UGACAACAUUUGGAGUCCUCCACGGUCAACACAAAUACAGUUAUAACAAAUUUGAGAAAAUUAUGAAUUUUAAAAAAUCUUAGUUAAAUUAAACAAAUAAAAUGUACUCAAAUAAGACCAAAUCACAUAGGAACACCACAAACCAACAGCACCAAAUUCCCUAUCCUUUCUAUUCUCGCACGUUGAUGAUUCUCCUUUGAAGUGGAACAAACCCAACGCAAGAUGGAGUUGACUUUAACUGAACAAGACGCUGAUAAUUGGGUUUAUAGAGGUGAAGGUGCUGCUAAUCUUGUUCUAUCUUACAAUGGGUCCUCUUUUUCUUAUAUUGGGAAAGUGAUGCGCAUACGUAAGUCUCCUAGGAAGGAAUCACUAUUGAAGGGAGUAAGGAAUAGCAUAGCUCUGACUCCACAUGAACGCCUCAUCUGGAAAGAUGUACAUGAACUUAUUUCCUCUUCGGAUAAGGAAAUUGCAGGGCAACUAUAUGUUCAACAUGUCAUGAAGCCUUUGCUUGGUUCCAAGUAUGUUGAUGCUGGGAAUCACAUUUUGGUGACCAAGGAAUUUCUUGAGUCAGUUGAGAAGAAUGUUGUUAGUCAACGUCCUGCUUGGCGAGUUGAUGUUUCCCGGGUUGAUACACAAUGUGAUUUUGGUCUUCUCAUGUCGGAUCAUUCACUCUUCCCUGAUGGUACUGAGACAUGUAUUACUGCACUUGAUUCUACUGGUUGUCAAGGAUCUAGCCCCAGCAUAUCAGUUGAGAUAAAGCCCAAAUGCGGGUUUCUUCCUCAGUCAGAAUUCAUAUCUGAAGGAACUGCUAUCAAAAGGAGGGUAACUCGAUUUGAAAUGCAUCAAGCUCUGAAAUUGCAACAUGGAGAGGUUUCACAGCCGAGUGCGUACAACCCACUUGAUCUGUUCUCUGGAUCCAAGGAGAGAAUUCAUAAAGCUAUCAAAGAUCUCUUUGCUACUCCUCAAAACAAUUUUCGUCUAUUUUUGAAUGGUUCUCUCAUACUCGGAGGACUGGGAGGUGGUGCUAAAACUACAGAUGUCUGUAUUGCUAAAGUACUUGAAGAUGAACUUAACUCGAUCAUUCAAGCUGAUGAUGGGCUAUGUACAGAGAACUUACUUACUCUUAUUACUGAAGCCGUGCAAAAAUCAGGAGUCCUUGAUCAGCUCCUGAAGGUUCAGAAGCUUGAUAAUGUUGACAUAGAAGGAGCCAUCCAUGCAUAUUACGAUAUUACUUCUCAACAGUGCAGGGUGUGUAGAGAAUUAAGUGAAGAACAGGCAAAAAGAUAUGCCUCUUUGCAUUCUGCAUCAUUGGAUGAAAGCUUGAGAAUCGUGAAGGACUACCUGAUAGCAGCAACUGCAAAAGACUGCAGUUUGAUGAUAUGUUUUAGACCGAGGAAAGCGGAGGAUUCUGGAGCUGCUUACAAUACUAUCUAUCUUGAGUCAACUAAACAAGCAUUUGAUUUUAAGGUGCAUUUCAUUGACCUCGAUUUGAAGCGUAUGAGUAAAAUGGAUGAAUACUAUGAGUUAGAUAAGAAGAUAGUGAGCUGCUACAAACAGAUGAGCAAAAUGAAUCGUGGGAGAAAUGAAGAUGCAAACUUGCAGGGACCUGAAGUUGCAGAAUGAGAUUUCAUAGAUUUUUGUUUGAUAAUAUUUAAUUCUUCCUUACAAAAUGUUGUUUUGUGAUACUAGUUGGAAAGGUGAAGAUGGAACUUGUAUUUGUUUCAUUACCCUCCUCACCUGUUGUUUGUGCAACCCUGCUAUCAAUCUUAUGUAUACUUGGACUGUCAGAUUCCCUCUUUUACAAAAUUAUUUUGUAUUUUUGUGUGUAUUAUCUUUCUAUUCCUUCCAUUA